AUGUGCGUGCUGAGUUUCAUGGUGCAGGUGAUCUUCAUCCUGCUGAUCUUUGUGGCCCAAGGGAUCAUCGUGCGGGUCUUCGUCAUGCUCGUGGCGCUGGUGAUCUUCGUUCUGAGUGGGUUGAAGCGGGUUUUCAUGCUGAUCUUUGUGUUGCUGGGGGCCUUCUUCCUGCUGGUCUUCGCUGUGCUGGGGCUCUUCCUGGUGAUUUCGGUUGGGCUUGGGAUCGUCGGGGCGGUGGGGGGCAUCCUGCCGGCUUUCGGGGGGCAGGCGCUCGUCUUCCUGUCGAUCUUCAUGGUGCUGGGGUCAUUCUUGACGGUUUUUGUGGCGUUGGGAUUUUUGCCGGGGUCGGUGAUCUUCGCGCCGUGGAAGGUGAUGCUGAUCUACUUGCGGAUCUUCGCGAUGCUGGGGGUGAUCUUCCGUCCGAUCUUCGCGGUGCUGGUGAUCUUCCUGCUGAUCUCCGCGGCGCUGGGGCUCGGGGCGCUGGGGAUAUGCCGGUCUUCGUGA